AUACAGCGUGAUUAAGCCGCCCGACGCCGCGUUUGAGCCUCCCGCCGCUGGAGCGGACGUGUUUGCGGUGUUUUGCGGCCGCUUACGUCGACCCCGCCUGUAGAAACCGUCAAACCUUCGAAAUAAGAGCUCCGUGUUUUCCGCGCUUUUUGUCGCCGGGGAAGUAGCUAGCUUUGGUCCGACGGGUCAUCCGCCCUGCUCGGCCACCCCGCGGGGCGGAAAGCGGCUCUGUGGCGGAUCCAAGGCCCGGUAGUGUGUGUGUAAGCCGGCGCGGAGCAGGAAGCAGCCCGCAAAGGGAGUCUGCAGAGAAGAGCUGAACUGACUGGAACACAGAGGCAGCCAUGGCUCAGGUCGCCAACCACGGACGGCUGCUGCUGCAGCGCCUGCACCAGCAGCGCGAGAUGGACUUCCUGUGCGACAUCACCAUCAUGGUGAAAGACGUGGAGUUCAGAGCGCACCGCAACAUUCUGGCCGCCUUCAGCGACUAUUUCUCUGUCCAGGCGGAAAAGGGCGAAGAGUUCACCACCCUGGACCCGGAGAAGGUGAGCCGCUACUCGCUGGAGAAGCUCCUGGAGUUCGUCUACACGGGACACAUGAACCUCAGCAGCACCCGGCAGGCGGCUGUGCGCCAAGCGGCCAUUUUCCUGGGAAUGUCCGAGGCCACCAAGUACCUGGAGAAAGUCCCCGGCUGGUCGGAGUCGGGCGAAACCUCCCAGUCCGACCCGGAGAAAGAAGCGGGGGUCUCUCCUCCGAGCCCCGGCAGCCCCACGUCUCCGGUCCCUCUGUCCAUCGCCUCCGUCGGCGGGGACGCCCAGGAGGAGGGCCCCGAGGGGAAGGUCCACGAUUUCAACCCCAAGGACGAAGAUCUAGAGAUGGAAGACGGAAGCGACGAGGAUUACGCAGUUUCCACCCCCAGAGGGUUGGGGCGGGGGCCGGGCAGGAGGCCGGGCAGGAGGCCCCGGAGCUUCGGCGGGGAGCCGGUGGAGCAGAGCGGCUCGACCGACGGCGCCCCCAAGAGCCGCAGGGGCAGGGGGAGACCCAGAGGAAGCGGGAGGGGGAGAGGGAGAGGGAGGGGAGCCUCCAGGAGCGACGACGUGUCUGCGGGGGAUUCUGACUCCAGCCUGAAGGACUUGGGAGAAACUCCCGCCGACUUGGGGGACACCUCCGCCGACUGGAGCCCGUCGCGCGAAGACGAGCCGCCGGUGAAGAGGCCCAGACGGAGCAGCGGGGAGGCGAGGAGGGGGCGGGGCCGCGGGAGGGGCAGGGGGCGGGGCAGAGGGCGGGGCCACGGCAGGAGGAAGAUGGAGGCGGACGAGGAUGAGGAGGAGGAGAGCGGGGAGCUGGGAGCGGACGACGGGGAGGCGGGGGAGCAGGCCCCGCUGGACGUGAGCGAGAUGUCGCUGACGUGCAGCGAGUGCAACAAGCUGUUCAAAGACGUGAGCAGCCUGCGGCGCCACGAGAAGAUCCACAAAGGCCUGAAGCCGUUCUCCUGCAUCUUCUGCUCCAAGACCUUCAGGCAGGCCACGCAGCUGAAGACUCACCUGCGCAUCCACACAGGUGAGAAGCCGUUCACCUGCAGCAACUGCGACAAGUGUUUCGCUCAGAAGUGCCAGCUGGUCGCUCACCGCAGGAUGCACCACGGCGAGGAGAAGCCGUACACCUGCGAGCGCUGCGGCUUCAAGUUCGCCACGUCGUCCAACUACAAAAUCCACAUCAGACUCCACAGCGGAGAGAAGCCGUACGUCUGCGACAUCUGCGGCCAGGCCUUCGCUCAGUCCAGCACGCUGACGUACCACAAGAGGCGGCACACCGGGGAGAAACCCUACCAGUGCGACCUGUGCGGGAUGUCCUUCUCCGUGUCCUCGUCUCUGAUCGCCCACGCCAGGAAGCACACAGGCGAGACGCCGUACAAAUGCACACAAACAAACUGUGACGCCAAAUUUGCGACGUCCUCUGAGCUCAAGAAGCACCUGAGGAGACUCCACCCUGACGGGAACUCUGGCGUUCAGUGUCUGCUGUGUGGAAACCGCUUCGCCAGCGUGAAGAACAUGAUCAAGCACCAGGAGAAGGCCCACGCUGAUGAAGUUCGGCAGCACAAAGAGCGGGCCCGGGCCGUGGUGCUGCUGGCCUCCAGCCACCCGGUGGCGUUCGUUCAGAGCAAACUCUCGCAGGAGAACAAGAGUUUGGUUUCCAUCCCGGAAGUGGAGCCCAGCAACCCCGAACCCUCCACCCCCGACCCCAAAGCCUCGGAGCCGUCCGCCGCCUCGUCUGACGGCCCGCCCGCCGAGCCCGCCCCCAUCAUCCAGGACUUCAAGACGGAGCCGGACCACCACCCCCUGACCGCCGCCGCCCAGCCCGUGACCUUUGACACCGACCAGGAGCAGACCAUCAACUCGGACACGCUCCACGCGCUGGUGGAGCAGCUGCGGCCGGCGGCGUCGCCCGCCACGGGCCUGGAGCAGAUCAUCAUCAUCAAGACGGUGGACCCGGCGGAGGCGGCGCCGCCCCAGCAGUGACCCUGGAGACGGGCCGAACUUUUAUCAGCGCCGCCGUUCCUGUCGCCGCGGGUUUAAAAACGUGAAGAAGAACCACAGCACCAAUCACAGUUUACCAUCAGAUUCAUGUGCAGGAAAAAAAAAACAUUUUCAUCCUAUUUAAAGAAUAUUAUCCUCAUUUAUUUACCCCUUUUUUUAAAUGAUUUUGUUUUUUCUGUUAAAGGCACAGAUUUACAAUUAAAACUGGCUCAUAUUAUUUUACCAUUAGUGUGUACAAGUUUUUUUCUUUUAGAUUAUUUAGAUGUUGAGUCCCAGAAUGAAAUAGAUUUUUUCUUCUUUUUUUUUUUUGUACCAUAAUAAUUUCACAUUUUUAGCUUUAUAUUUUGGUGUAUAAACAGUUAGAAAGAUUAUGUUAUAAACAGUCCAGAGCUGAAAAUGAUUUGUGUCGUUUGCUUAACUCUGAUUAAACUUUGGAGUUUUGAAGUGAAACUGCAGUUAGAUGCAGUUAAAUCUUCAUUAAUUUGGCUCCUGUGGGACUAAAACAUGGCAGCAGGUUUUCUCCUCCAUGAUGAUGUCAUCAUUUGAAUUAUUAUACGGUAAAAUCUGAGCCCUAAGUGACAAAACAGCAUUUUUUAUUCUUAUUUUUUCGGACAGAGACAGGAUUUCAGGGAUUUUGGUUGUGGGCAUGUUUGUAUCGCCUCAUCUCUAAAGAGAUCCAGCAAACAGGAAGUCUGAAGUUCUGCAUCCUGUUGGACGGCGCUGGUCUCGUUUUCAGGUGGGAAAAAGUCUUAAUUGGUGGAUGCAGAAGAACGGGCUUCAGUUAAAAGCUUCAGUUAAAAGCUGCUUAAAACACUCAAAUAUUCCCUCAUCAUCUGAAAGAUAUUUUAGAUGUAAGACGAACCUACAGUACGUAUCUGUGCUUUAAGCUAAAUGUCUUAACUAUGACCUGCUUCAGUUAAAUCCUGUAAACGUCAGCAUAAUUCAUCCUUUUCCUUUAGAAAACGUCAUCUUGGUUUAUCCACCUUUACCAGAAACUAAUCUUUAUUUUUUUCUGGGUAGUGUAGUGAGUAGCAGGAAAGUAGUUUUUUAUUUAUCAUAUCCACAUGGCUUCAUAAUAUGGCUGGUUCUGCGUAGAGGACGUGUUUUUUGUCUAGUUUAGCUGGAAAACUGCUGCACACGAACUAUAUCCAAUAAUUCAUCAGGUCAUGCUUCAUUUGUAUUUUUCCAAAACAUCUGCGUUACUUGUACAGUUGUGAGAAAUGACUACACAAGUUAGGCACUGUAUAAAAAAUAAAAGCAAUGUGAAAUAAAGCUUAAA